AUGACUGGAAUGGGGACACCCAGAGAUGUUAAUUAUCGACCUAUGGGGACUGGAGGAGCUGGAGAUGUUCCUGAAGAGAAGGCUAGAUUGACUGAUGGAAUUGUACCUUUACAAUCUGGAACAAAUAAAUUAGCAUCACAAGCUGGAAUGACUGGAAUUGGAAUGCCUAGAAUUAUUGAUGUUCGUAAAACUGUUGAUCAAGAUAGAGAAAGUCAAGGAUUUAUACAUUUACAAAUGGGAACAAAUAAAUUUGCUAAUCAAUCUGGAAUGACUGGUUUUGGUAUGCCUCGACGUGAAAUAACAAAGUAUAAAGAUGAAAUUCGUGGUGAAAUGCCUCAUGAUGAAUCUACAAUUUCACGCCAAACAUCUGGAUGGAAAGAUGGUGCUAGCCAGCAAGGAAUGACUGGAUUUGGGGCUUUCCGAAAUAAUACUUUAAAUCAAUUACAAAAUCAAGACCAAAGAUCGCAAGGAAUGAUUCCAUACCAAAUGGGUGUCAAUUUCCUGGACUCCCAAGCAGGCAAAACUGCUUUUGGAAUGCCUCGCCGAACAUAUACACCUUAUGUUGAUGAUUCACACGAGGAUUUGCCUGCUGAUAUUUCUAGAAGGCCUGAAGUGCCUUUUUGGUCGGGACAAGAAACCGAUUUUGCAAAUCAGCAAGGAAUGCUUGCUUUUGGAACUCCCCGAGAUGUUCGUGGAGAAUAUGUUAGACGUAUGUGGUGA